AUGAGUUACUAUUCUGUCAAGAAGGUGUAUGAAGCACGUAAUGGGGAUCAGAUUAAUGUCAACUGGGAUAGGGUUGUAUGGGAUAGACUCCGUAUCCCAAAGCACAGAUUUAUUGCAUGGUUGGCUGUCCAAGCAAAGCUGCAGACUACAGAGAAGCCGGCAUUAUAUGGUGAGUUGAAGGACUGGCUUAAUAUCAUAAUUCAGACUGAUGAUUUACAACACCUAAUUGCUAAGAUACAGCAUAGUUACAGGUCUAAAUUCCGGAAACAAGUGGUCUUUGCUGGAUUAAUUACUAUGAUCUACUUCAUCUGGCAGAAUAGGAAUUCAGCAUAUUGGAAACACUGUGUAAGAAGUGCUAGAGCAGAUAUGAAGCAGCUGAAGCACAUAGUUAAAAGCAGAAUUUUAGUUGUUUUGCCUAAGAAGAUUUCUAGAGCUGAUUAUGAAUGGUUGAUGAAACUGUAG